ACAACGCAGGUGUUAUGGUUCUAGACAAACCUCAUUGAUUGCUCUGAAUAUUUUAUGGAUAAGGGUGAUUUUAUGUUCAAGAUGGAUACCAUGUAGGUGACAGAAUCUAAGUGCCUAUAUUUCAGUUUUGUUUCUUUAUUUCAUCACCAGAUCACAAAACGGCCCAAGAUGAGCCACGUUGAUACAAGUCAACUGUCGGGUUAUAACAGCCUGAGUGACAAGCACCUGGCUGGCUACUUUGCCAACGACAGGAUGCGUGGACAUCUACGCAAAUCGGGCCUGAUCACUCGCCGUGGACAAAUUGUUUCCGAGACAAGCUACCGCUUGAACAUAGCUCGUAAGGAACACAAGAAGCAUGUGAAGGAUCUCCUGGCACAGGCUAUCGUCCACAAGACACUGGACCUGGAGCGACAUCGCCAGGUGGCCAUCCGACAGAAACUGGAGGAGAUAGCCAAGAUAGAGCUGGUGCAGAGAGUCAGGGAGAAUAGGAAUCGGCAUGUGGUUGACGAAGCUCUCCUGCCCCUGAUCACAGCGAGUCCACGGGAGAAGGACUCCAUCCCUAAACGUCGUACCCGAUCUCGAUCUGGGGGUAAAAGGGGCAGGAGUGAUUCUCCUCGUUCCCGAGGCCAUCAAACCCCCAGCCCCCGAUUUGGGCAGUAUGCUGAGAAUGACCUGCUUAUUGAAGAACGGACACAGCGUGUUCGGAGGAGCGAUGAGGAUAUCUUGCCCUUCCUAUCCCCUCGCUCUAGCCGGCCCCAGUCAGGGCCCUCACCACGCCCCCGCCGCCACCGCUCGGCAAAGUACCGGCCUAUCAGUGCACCCUCUAACAUGCCAGAUACUAACUCCUCAGUGUACGAAUCCGUUGAUGAGGAUGGGGACGUGAUCUAUGUUGAUGACGACGGCAACACUAUCGACAUGUCGGACUGUGAACAAGGUGUUGUACGAUCUGGACGUAGCAGAACUCCUCGCAACAGGGAGGAGGUGGAUACCAGACACCUCUACUCUCUGAACCCUCUUGCCCUGCGGCGUUACGCUAAUGCCCUGGCUAAGGUGGAGCAGGUUAACACCUUGGCUUCCCCAUAUCUGAUUCCACAGAUACCAAUACCCCCCUCGUCCCCCCGUACUGGCACCGCCCGACAUCGCAGUGCUGGAAACAGGGGGCGUUCUACCAGCAGUGACAAGUCACCAAAACGGAGUCCUGGGGUUGAUCUCCACCGGAGAGAGCAACCGAUGAGACACCAGGGGGACGUCCACUCUAACUGUGUGAUGACCAUGAAGUUCCAUGGCUGGGCCCUCAAACUGGCUCGGGAGAGAACCGACAACCGACAAAAUGUCACUGUGGAGCAGCAGCAUUGUGGGGGCAACACCCUGACUGUGUUCAAGGGACUCAUAGAGCCAGGAAGUACGUUCAGCUUCACCUCAAAGCGUCAUCGGGGCUACCCCUUCAGCCUGACACUGUAUGUAGAUGGUCGACAAGAUGCAAGGGUUAGCACGUGUUGCGAGUUUGGCCACUCCAAGAAAGUCCGACUGGGAGCCAAGCAAGGUCACUUCAGCUUUGUUGGCAUCAAGGGAAUGAAUCCUUGCUACAAGUGCCAGGUUCAGAAGGGGCUGGUUGGGGGCAAGGCUCCACCCAAGAAGGUGAAAAUGCCACCCAGCAACCCUGGGGAGGAGGUGAUUGUUGUGAAAACCACGGAGGUACCCCCCAAGGAGACCGAGAAUGCUAAACAGUCAGAUGAGGAGGAAACAGCCCAUGACCAAAUCUUGAUUCCUGUGGAGGUAGAUGGCGAUGAGGCACCGAACAAUAAUGCGGAUGCUUAUGAGUCAGACUUUGAGGAUGAAGAUGACAGUCCGUCGGGGACGAGCCAGCAGCCUGAUGAAGUGCUCUACCACAAGGACUGGGACAGUCAGGGGAAGCAACAGGAAGCAGUUGAUGAGCCAAUAGCUGAGGAACAGGAGGAGGAGGAGGACAAACGUCAGAUCAGAGGACUUGCCGCCGACUUUGCCGACGAUGAGAAAGGGGACGAAAAGAAUGCAUUUGUUUCAGCUGAAAAAUCUGCAAAUCCUGAUGCAGUGGAGGAUUUUGAAGAUGACACUUUACGAAAGGUGGAGGGAUACUCAUCAGAAGAGGAAGAUUUAGAUGGCAAGAAAGACAAAACCAUUGUGGUUGAAAAGAAAUUAGUGUCUCAGAAAGAGGACACUGUUAAACCUGAGACAGUCCAGGUGAAAGACACUGCUGCUAGCAACAGAUCAUCUCCUCCUGUGACACAGCUAAAACCUCCAGGACGGGAAGAGGACAGAGAUGGCGAUUACUCCUCUUCUGAAUCCUCUUUCUCCUCCUCCUCCUCAUCAUCAUCGCCAUCCGAGAACAGUACCCCCAGAGAUGUGGCUGAGAGAAAAGUAGUUAGUCCAACCAAAACUUUGGGGGUUGUUUCCGAGGCAGAUCGAACGCCAUCUCGUAUAGCAGAGGCUACUGUGCUGAGUGACAGAUCAGACUCUUACAAGAGUUCUACUUCAUCAUCCUCAGCAUCUGAUGCAGAGAGUAGGCCAACUAGUCUGCCAGAUCGACCCAAAUCUCCUGUAGCAGAGACUUUGGUUCAACAGGAGGAAGAGGAGGAGAGGAAGGAAGAGAAGAUUAAAGAAGAAAAGAAUAAACUAUCACCAAGCAAGGAGGAAGAAGAACCCAGAAAUGAGAUACCGGCAGAGAAAUCCUUGGUCUCGAAACAGACAACUCUCCCUCCCUUGAUGGACUCUGCUAGGUCAGAACCAGAAUCAACUGCUACUCGGGCUGGAGAAUCUGAAAGUGUCAGAGAGUCAAGCAGUUCAUCAGAAGAUUCCAGUUCUUAUUCAUCAUCUGAUUCAGAAUCUGAUGACUUAGAAUCAGGCCCUGGCAAAGACAGGGCUCCAGCCCAGAAAACUGAGUCCAAAGGUGAUUCCAAAAAUGUAGAGGAGUCAGUAAGUUCCAGUUCUAGAUCUGCCUCAGGAUCUGAAAGUGAGAGAUCAGCCCGGCCAAUCACACCAUUCCCAACAAGGAAAGAGAAAGUCAGUAGUAAAGCCUUAAGUGAUGAGGAAUCUGAUAAAUCUAGUCAAGACAAAUACAUGGGUAAACCAGCAAUGAGCCCAGCCCCUGUAGAUGCUGCUGAAGGCCCAGCUGACUCUACCAAUGACAUGCAGCAGAAUGCUGACAAUGCCGUAGUGAGUGAGAAACGGGCAGUCUUGUCCAGCGCUAUCGUGGCAGCAGCGGCAAUAAUGGCUCCUGCUGUCCCCCCAGAUAUGGACUCGGAAAGUCUCAUGACUGCUGCUGGCAGAAGUGAAAAGAAGGACUCUCCUGAUGGUGAUGGGAAGAAACGUGCAGACUCCGGGUCGUCCAGUGUGGACUCCAGCAGUGACAGCAGCGCCUCCUCCAGCUCAUCCUCAGAGAUGGAGUCAGAGAGUGAGGGGGAACUGAUUGUGCAGGAAGAAACUCCCCGGGGACAUAAGGACACCUCCCCCCAGACAGGCGACUCUAGGGAGGACGCUGCUUCCAAGACAGUAAACGAUGUUACUCCAGCUGUGGUGUCAACUCGUUCAAGUGGUGGUGAUGGAGCUAAAACUGAAGUAUCUGACUCAGAGGAACCACAGCAGACAAAGCUUCCUGCUCCACAUGCAACACCGCAACCAGAGCAGACGACAUUUCCAUCACCACCGAGGUCUCCUUCAAAAUCUCAUCCAGCUGGACAGACAGAGCCAGUUCCCCCUCCGGUCCCAACUGUUGUAGUCAUCCCAACCACACCUGAUAUAAGAGAGGGCCAGGGAAGUGGGGAGUGGCAGGAUCGGGCGGCAACACCCGUACAGGGCCCCAGACAGACUGGUGGAUUGCCAGAACAGUUUGAGUAUCAGCCAAAACAUUCAGCAGAAUCUGAUGACAAGACAGGGGAAGAUGGUCAGACAAGACGAACCAGUGAAAGUGAAGCUGAAAACAUGCAUGGAGGUAAUGACCCUGACAGAGUAGCAGAUGAUGAUGCUGCCAAAUGGCAGUCUGUUCUAGAAUUUGUGCAAGCGCCGCCACAGACGAUGCACCCAGGAAGUCUCACCCCACUGCUGGAGGACCAGAAUGCCAUCGACAUAAACAACAUCAACCUCACUAAAGCACAGGUUGUGGAGAUCAUGCAGACUAUUGAGAUCAAGGACAACCUCCAAGCCGUCACCAUCUCCAACUGCAGCCUUGGAGUGGACGACAUGAACAAGCUGCUGCAGUCCCUGGCCAAGUCCCCCUCCCACCCCCGGAUCUUGAACCUCAACAACAACAUUCUGGGACCCCGAAGUGUAGUGCCUCUUGUGGAGAUCCUCAAAAUCAAACCCUCCAUUGACAUGUUGCUGUUACAAGGUAACCCCAUAGGCAACGAGGGUCUGCAGACUCUGGUGGAUGGACUGUUGGACAUAGAAUUUGAGGCCCAGGAGUACAAGAAGAGAGAGUCGGAGCGGAUGGGGGGAGUUCCCGUCAUGUCCAUUAAGGGCCGCUUCUGUCAGCUGCAGGAACUAGACCUCAGCGAGACUAGCGUCACCGAUGAUGGAAUGGUUGACGUGGCGCUGCUUCUUGAGAGUAACCUUGACCUUCACACAUUGAGUCUCAGCAGCUGCCCAGACAUCACCAAUCCUGGCUGGUCCAAACUGGCAACAGCUUUAACGAAGAACAAGAACCUGAAGACCUUGACGAUACAGAACAACAAGAUCGGUGAUGAGGGUGUUCGUAUACUUGUUGAGGGUCUGAAGAAUAACACAUCACUGUCAACCCUGGAGGUGGCCAAUGCAGGAAUCGAGGAGGCAGGAGGUCGUGCCCUCAUUGACCUCCUCAAGCGCAACACCACUGUCAAGUAUUUGACCUUGAGGCCAGGCAAUGACAUUCCUCAGAAGACACAAGAUGAGAUUAAUAGAUACCUGUCCUUGAAUCAAACCACUCCAUCUUCAUAACGCUGAUAUGCUUCAAGCUUGUUGGUUAUUCUGGUGCUUAGACCAAACCAAGAACUAUGUACUAGUAUGUUUAAUAUUUCAGCCAAUCCAAAAUUAGGGUAGGUAGGGACAGAUUUUUUUCGUCCCUACAAAACAUGGUAAUUUGCAUUAUAUUGUGAAAUUUUAAAAUUAUUAUAAUCUAUCAAAUUAUCAUAAUGACUGGUAUAUCUAUGAGGGGUAACAAAGUUUCACUAGUGACAUAAAAUAAAAUUUGGCUGACUAGCAAAUUUGAAUUGAAACACCUCUUCAUCUGCUAAUGCAAAGUUUAUUCUGUACAUAAGUGUAUUUGUCAGUGAUCACAAUAAUGAUGUUGAAAUAAUGUUACCCGACAAAUACCAUUCUCUGGACCUUUCUAUAAGUGGGUAAUGGAGCAUAGUGUGACUAUAGUUUAUGAGCAUGUUACCCUGUUGAUAUUUUUGUCCUGUCUGGAAGUGUCCUCGGGCACAUUAUAGGCUUAUGGGUAUGCUUGAUCAGUAAGCUUUCUGCUUCUAGUGCUUUUGUCUGGCUUACAAUUUUUUUUAUUUUUGAGCAUUUUGAAGCAUUUUUAUUGUAUUUCUCAUAUCCAAAAGUGUUAAAGAUGUGAGAGAAAAAAACGACAUCAGGAUAUGGACAUACAGCUAUAUAUGUUAUAUAGUGAAAUAAGUCACAGUGCCAGAUACUGAGGCUUUGUACAUGUGAUCUGUAGAUGAAAAAUCUUGACCCAUACUCAAAUUAAAAUUGGUUAUUUAAUUCAAAGAAAUACAUUUAUGUCUCAUUUCCAAGUCUGUUUUCUCCUUCUGUGGCUAAAUCAAAAAGUAGGGUGUAUUUUAGUUCAAAUGUAUACAUGUAUCUGAAAAUGGGGUGAAAAGGCUUGGUCAGCUCUGGAAUUAGGGGAGGGUCACUAGAAAUUUGACUGUCUCUGGGGAGGGUGACAAAGCCGAUGCAUAUAUUUGGGAAGGGUCAUGAAAAGAAUGGACAUUUUGUAAUUUAACAGACCAUAAAGUUCUUUUGCCUUUUCUGACUGGGUCAUGAGACAAAUUUACAAGGACAUGGCAAAGUUCAUCCCAAAAUAUUGUGAUAACCAUUAGGGUAUUAUUUUUACUUCAUUAGGGCAUGAGAGAACCCUGACCCACCCACUC